AUGGCUCGAAUUAUGGUGAAGCGUGUCAAGUAUGUCAACGGGAUUCCUUGCGCCAACUUAGACGAGCUUCUAGCGAUCUUCGAGAAGGAUAAACGGUUGCCGUCCGUAAUGUGUGGUAGUGGUGGAGAAGAAGACCUGCAGCCAGAAAUCGUGGAGGAAGACGAGGAAAUAGAAGUCGAAAGCGAGGAAGAAGACAUCCGGGCGGUCGAACCCCCUGCUCCAGCAACACCUCUUCUGAGCAACCGCAGGAUCAUCUCUCCCGAGCCCGACUCGUUCGACAUUCCUUCAUCACUUCUGGUUCGAGGAGGCGAUAAGUCGUCUUCUCGCGCCCUUCAAAACUCAUUGCCUCACAGUAAAGACGCAUAUAUCUCUGCUCAGAAAUUACCGCUACGAAUCUUUUUACAUGUCAAUGUUUCUAUGGCUUUUGCGUCGAAUCCUCCAUUUGUCUUUCAUCCCCCUGCUUUCCCGUACAACGCGAAUCCGUCUCCAUACACUCUCUUAUGCCUCAGAUGUCUGGCGCAGCCUGCGCUCGAAGACUCGAGUCGAGUCUACCGUGCUGAUAUGGACUCGUCUCGAUCUCUUCAUUGGAACUUGUAA